GUGACUAGACGUAGAGAAGUGACAGUCACAUUUCCGAGCAAAAGUAGAAACCCUUGUGUAAGAAUCUUGGGCUGAAUAUUUUGUUGUACCAGAAAAACCACAUUUCUGCAAAUUAGACCUUAUUGAUCUUUUUGGAUUCCUCUCUGUCCUGUGUGAUCACCAUGCUUUCUUACAUAGUGACUGUGUCAACAGGGAGUCAAUUGUUCUCAGGUACAGAUAACUAUGUCUACAUCACACUGGUGGGCACGGAGGGAUGCAGCGAGAGGACACUGCUGGACAAACCUCUGUACGAUGACCUUGAGAGGAAGGGGAUUGACUCCUAUGACAUGACGGUCAAGGAGAACCUGGGUGAGAUUGUGUUGAUGAAGAUAGAGAAGAAGAAGUUCUUGGUGCAGGAUGACUGGUACUGCAAUAACAUCACAGUCAAGACCCCUUCUGGAGACUAUAUUGAGUUCCCCUGUUUCCGCUGGCUGGUGGACGACAAGGAGGUGGUGCUGCGGGAUGGAAGAGCACAUCUGCCUCAGGAUGAUAAGACCAGCUUGGUGAAGCAGCACAGACAACAAGAGCUGGACAUGAGGAGGGAAACCUACAGAUGGAAGGAGUGGCAGCCAGGCUUUCCAAUGAGCAUAGAUGCUAACAGUUACAGCGAUUUACCCCGAGACAUCAAGUUCUUUUUUGAAAAGGACAAGGAUUUUACACUCAACUUCCUUGCGGCAAUAGAGAACCUGUUGUUGAACAAGUUUAUGGGCUUGUUCCAGUCCUCAUGGAGCAACUUUGAGGACUUCGAGGAAAUCUUUAUCAACAUCAAAGACAAAACUUCAGACACUCAAAAGUACGUGAUAGAACAUUGGAUGGAAGACCUCUUGUUUGGGUACCAGUUCCUGAAUGGCUGCAACCCAGUAAUUAUCCGAAAGUGCACCAAACUUCCUGACAAGUUUCCCAUGACUCAUGAGAUGGUUUCUCCCAGUCUGGAGAGAGAGAUGACUCUGGAGCAGGAAAUAGAGGCAGGCAACAUCUACAUAGUAGACUACGAGGUGUUAGAUGGUAUCAGUGCUAACAACACUGAUCCAAGAACACCACAGUACAUGGUAGCACCAAUCUGUCUGCUGUACAAGAACAUUCAGAACAAGAUCCUGCCCAUUGCCAUACAGCUCGGUCAGACUGCAGGUGAAGACACUCCGAUCUUCCUGCCCACUGACAGUCAGCAUGACUGGCUGCUGGCUAAGAUGUGGGUCCACUCAUCUAAUUUCCAACACCAUCAGGUCAUCACACACCUGCUCAGGACUCACCUGGUAUCAGAAGCAUUUGCUAUCGCCAUGUACAGACAGCUGCCUGCUGUUCACCCUGUGUUCAAGCUCCUUGUCCCACACAUUCGUUACACCAUCGCUAUCAACACCAAGGCCAGAGAUCAGCUCAUCAAUGAGGGUGGUGUCUUUGACAAGGCAAAUGCUAUAGGUGGAGGUGGUCAGGUCCUGCUGAUUCAGAAGGCAAUGCAGUCUCUGACCUUCAGGUCUCUGUGCUUCCCGGAUAUGAUCAAAUCUCAGAACCUGGACAACAAGGAUGAACUGCCCACAUGCUUCUACAGAGACGACGGCUACAUGGUGUGGGAAGCCAUCAAGAACUUUGUGUCUGAUGUGGUGAACAUCUACUACACCAGUGAUGAGAUGGUGCAGGAAGACGAAGAAAUCCAGGCCUUCGUUAAAGAUGUGUGCAGCUCUGGUAUGCAGGACUACGAUCACUGUGAGUUCCCCAAGUCCCUGAAAACACGAGAUGAGCUGGCAGAGUAUCUGACUGUCAUCGUGUUCACUGCUUCGGCUCAACAUGCAGCUGUUAACUUUGGACAGUUUGACUGGUUUGCCUGGGUCCCCAACUCUCCAUCCACCAUGAGAAGACCCCCACCCAACCAAAAGGGCAUGGCAGAUAUGAACAUGAUAAUGGAGAGCCUUCCCGAUCGUGGACGUUGCAGCUGGCACGUGGGGGGCGUCUGGGCCCUCAGCCAGUACCAGGAGAAUGAACUGUACCUGGGCAUGUAUCCUGAUGACCACUUCAUCGAGAAGCCGGUGAAGGAGGCCAUGGAGAAGUUCAGGAAGCAGCUGGCCGAGAUAACCGGUUCCAUCAAGAAGAGGAACGAUGGGAAGAAUCUGCCUUACUACAACAUGUCUCCUGACAAAAUCCCAAACAGUGUCGCUGUUUGAGAUGUAAAAAUCUCUUCUUUAGAUAAGGGAGGUUGUCAAGUUUCUACUUAAUAUGUUGUGAAACCUUUUCCAUAUUAUCAUACUGGCCAAAUAUGCUGUUAGAAAACUCUUUGGAACCUGAUAAUUCUGUGUAUCUAAACGUCUUCUCUACUUUUACAUAUUUUGUCAUUUUUUGGAUGAAAAUUGGUUCAAAUUUUACUGCAUGGACUUGACAAUUGAUGAUAUUUUUUUCAUAUGCUCUGGGCAUUUUUCAUUGGUUUAUCAAUGUUAGCCACCCCUGAAUAAAAAGUUACACUGCCU